AUGCCAGCCAGCGCCUUGGUUCUCUUCCCUGCCACUUCGGACGUCUCUUUCAACUUACCUUACUACGCCAACACUCACAUGCCACUGGUUUCGAAACAGUGGGGCAAAUACGGCCUCCGGGACUGGAAGGUGGUUGAGCUAGCCGACAGCCCCGAUGGGAGUCGCCCCUACAUUGUUGCGGCACUUCUAACGUGGGACUCUCUCGACGGGCUUCGUCAAGCUCUAGCUAGUGAGGAGGCUAAGGCGGUGUUCGAGGACGCUUCAAACUUCUGCCAUCUCAUUCAUCAAUUUCUGAGCCUCUUUAGAAUGUCUGCAGCAUUGGUUCUACUCACUGGGUCUACCGGCCACGUGGGGUAUGCAAACCUUAUCGAGGCAUUGAAGAAAGGCUACAAAGUGCGCGCUGCUGUGCGAUCGGAGUCAAAAGCUGCCACGGUCAAGAACGCCAAACCGACGCAGCCGUAUCUGGGCCAGCUCACAUUCACCACUGUCCCAGAUAUUCAGAAAGAAGGUGCCUUUGACGAGGCCGUCAAAGGGGUCGACUACGUUAUCCACACUGCGUCCCCUCUACCCGUUCCUUCGGACGAUGACGAGAAGAACAUCAUUCGACCUGCUAUCAAUGGAACUUUGAGCAUCCUCCAUUCAGCACUCAAAGAGCCUUCGAUUAAGAAGGUCGUUCUUACCUCGUCCGUCGCUGCAGUCUUCCCUUCCGAGCCGGGUAAGCCGUUUGUCGUCGAGCACGUCGAGGCAGAUCCCAAGGGACCAUAUCCCGACACCUUUUCCGCAUACAGUGCCAGCAAGAAGCUGACUCUUUAUCGAACCUACGACUUUAUCCGUGACAACAAGCCAAAAUUCAGCAUCAUCAACAUCAUGCCAUCCUUCGUCAUUGGCCGAAAUGAACUCGCCACUACCCCUAAGGCCAUCGUCUCUGGUUCGAACGCGCUCGCAUUGGGCCCGCUUGUCGGGAACAAGAGUGACACUCCAACGCCAUCGUUCGUGUGCCACAUCGACGAUGUCGCAUUCGUCCACGUCGCCGCCCUAGACCCUAAGAUUACCGAGAACCAGAACUUUGGUGUGAACUAUACGUCAAGCAACCCCAUCAACUGGGACGACGCCAUCGACAUCGUUAAGCGACACUUCCCUCAAGAGGUCGAAGCGGGCGUGUUCCCGCUCGGUGGCACGCUUCCUUCUGUUCACGUCCCCUUCGAUGCAAGUAAGACUGAAAAAACUCUUGGACUCAAGUUUAAGGGUUAUGAGGAACAAAUCGUCAACCUCGCUGGAUGGUAUGCCCAAGCUGUUGCCAACGCCAAUUAA